CCCUCCUCCCCCUCCUCCCGUCUCCUCCUCCCCCAAAUCACCAGCCGAUUCACCAUGCCGCCGCCUCCUCCUCCCCUCCGCCGCUCGCCGCCGCUGACUGGCUGAGCCCAGCCUCCCUCUCUGCCACCCGCCUGCCCGUCUCCGCCUUCCAAAUCCCCAAAUCCCCACCACCCCGGGGGGGAGGAGAGGAGGGGGAAGCGAAUUGAUCGGCCGAUCGAUCGAUCCGCGGCCGGGGGGAGCCAUGUUCAACAAGAUCAUUAAGCGCGGGGGCCGCAAGGGGCAGCGCGCCGACGGGGGCGAGGCGGCGCAGCGCGCCGCGGCGCCGUCGUCCUCGUCGGGGGGUGGGGGAGGGGCCGGGGGCGCGCCGGCGCCCGUCACCGUCAACCACGCCUCCCGCGCCUCGGCGCCGUCGCCGUCCUCGCCCACCUCGCCGCACGUCGCCGCGACCUCCUCCGCCUUCGCGGCGGGGAACGCGGCGGCGUCCCAGCCCGCGCCGCCGCUCCUCGAGCCGCUCCCGCUCCUCCGCGACGUCGCCGCGGCGGACCGCCCGGGGCUCCUCCUCCGCAAGCUCCGCCUCGUCGCCGCGCUCUUCGACUUCUCCGACUCCCUCAAGCACCCCCGCGAGAAGGAGGCCAAGCGCCAGGCCCUGCUCGAGCUCGUCGACUACGUGCAGGCGCCCUCCCCCGCGGCCAACGCCAACGCGCCCGUCCGCCUCCCGGAGAAUGUCCAGGAGGCUCUCGUCGCGGCAAUCUCCGUCAACAUCUUCCGCCCGCUUCCCCCGGCGCUGCAUGAAUCAGCCGCCGCGAUCGAUCCCGGCGCCGCCCCCGAUGACGAGGAGGAACCCUACCUCGACCCUGCCUGGCCGCACCUUCAGCUUGUCUAUGAGCUCCUGCUCCGCUAUGUCGUCUCGCCGGACACAGACACCAAGGUUGCCAAGCGGUAUGUCGACCAUGCCUUUGUUCUUCGCCUCCUGGACCUCUUCGACUCGGAGGAUCCACGCGAGCGUGAAUAUCUCAAGACUGUGCUCCAUCGCAUCUAUGGCAAGUUCAUGGUCCACCGCCCAUUCAUCCGAAAGGCUAUCAAUAAUGUGUUCUACCGUUUCAUCUUUGAGACCGAGCGCCACAAUGGUAUUGGCGAGCUCCUCGAGAUUCUCGGAAGCAUCAUUAAUGGCUUUGCGCUGCCAAUGAAGGAGGAACACAAGCUGUUCCUCUCCCGUGCGCUCAUCCCGUUGCACAAGCCCAAGUCUGUUGCAAUCUACCACCAGCAGCUGUCAUAUUGCAUUGUCCAGUUCGUCGAGAAGGACUACAAACUUGCGGAUACCGUAAUCAGGGGACUGCUCAAGUACUGGCCUGUCAUAAAUUGCCAAAAGGAGGUACUGUUUCUCGGCGAGCUUGAGGAAGUACUUGAGGCAACUCAGCCUGUUGAGUUCCAACGGUGCAUGGUUCCACUCUUUAAGCAGAUUGGGCGCUGCCUUAACAGUUCCCAUUUCCAGGUUGCUGAACGGGCUUUGUUCUUGUGGAACAAUGAUCACAUUGUAAGCUUAAUUGCCCAAAACCGUAGUGUUAUAUUUCCAAUCAUAUUUGAAGCACUUGAGAGGAACAUACAGAGCCACUGGAAUCAAGCUGUUCAUGGUCUAACUGCAAAUGUGCGCAAGAUGUUUUUGGACAUGGACAGUGAACUAUUUGAGGAGUGCCAGCAGCAGUACAUAGAGAAGCAAGCGAGAGCCAAAGAGAUGGAGGAGCAACGAGAGUCAGCAUGGAGACAACUGGAAGCUGUUGUUGCCGCCAAGGCUUCUGGAGAUGACAUGGUUUUGGUCAACUAGUCCACAAAAAGAUGGAACACAUUUGAUGUAUCAAACUAUCAAUUGAUUAUGGACAUUCGCUUUAGUAAUUCCAAGAAAAUCUUAUUUGUACCAGCAUCCAUAAAUACGCAAGCGACGCUUCAAAAGAUGUUUAUGCAUGCUCAGAUGAUUGGUGCUCACUAUCUCACAAGCAUUCGUGCGCACCAGUCAACUUGGUAUGGAUGUUGAUUGUGGUGUGCUCAUCUCAAUCUUUGAUGGCAUGGGAUUUCAAGGUCAGUGUUCCUUGGAUCCACUGACGGUUUCUCAAGUUCAAACACGAUGAUGCUUGCAAAAGGCCACUUCUUCCAGAGUUAACAUGCCCAUUGCCCACUGACGUCCCUGCUAUGGUACUGAGAACUCUUCUUUUCUUCGAUCCUCUCCCUUUUUUUGAUCUACUUAUGAAUAAUCGAACCCUUGUAUUAAUCCUUCAUUGUUUGCCCUAGUUCGCUACCCACAAUUGGGAAAUGCAAUUAGAAAACGAGUGAGCUAGAUGUAAGCUCUUCCUCUUUCUUUCUUUUUAAUUUUUUGGAGUAUUUUUCAUUCAUCGUGUUGUAUGGAAGUAACAUAAGCAAUGGAGAUAAGAGCGCUUUAAUUUAGUGUUUUGGUGGUUGUACUAGAUAGAGUGCUCACCUGUAGGAAUUACCAUGUUGUUCUGCUCAUUUUUCAGUUAAGGCUCUGAAUUGUGAUUGCCGCCUCCCCAUGUAGCUUAAGCUGCUAUUGGCCCUUCUUUCCU